GAGAGAGGGGAAAGCGCCGAUGGAAAAGUGUCCAGGGCUCGGUUAACAAGAAAACAGGAAUACCGGCCCGCUUCAGUUUGUCCUGGGCCACUCGGCGAUGAGAGAUUCACCGAAAGGGGCACUUUGAGAUAUGAUGAGGUUUAUUUCUGGCCGGCAAUAGUACUAUGAUUUGGUAUGUGGCCACUUUGAUAGCAAGUGUAUUCAGCACCCGAGGAACGGCCGCUCAAGGUGCCCACGGAGUGCGAGAGGAGCCCCAGUUUGUGACGGCACGUGCAGGAGAGAACGUCAUCCUGGGAUGCGACGUGUCCCACCCCCUGAACGGCCAGCCCUAUGUGGUGGAGUGGUUCAAGUAUGGAAUGCCCAUUCCCUUUUUCAUCAACUUUCGCUUCUACCCUCCUCAUGUGGACCCGGAAUACGCCGGCCGGGCCAGUCUGCACGGCAAGUCCUCCCUACGGAUAGAGAAUGUGCGUUCGGACGACCAGGGCUGGUAUGAGUGUAAGGUGCUUAUGCUGGAGCAGCAGUACGACACCUUCCACAAUGGCAGCUGGGUGCAUCUAACCGUCAACGCUCCCCCCACGUUCUCGGAUACACCACCUCAGUACGUAGAAGCCAAGGAGGGGGGUAGCAUCACUUUGACCUGCACGGCUUUCGGCAACCCCAAACCCUCGGUCAGCUGGUUGCGGGAAGGCAGCCUCAUGGUCAGCAGUGCCAAGUAUAAGGUGUCUGAUGGGAGUUUGACGGUGCUAUCCAUUACUCGGGAGGAUCGUGGGGCCUACACGUGUCGAGCCUUCAGCCCCCAGGGGGAGGCCAUUCACACCACACGGCUGCUAGUACAAGGCCCCCCGUUCAUCGUAUCCCCACCAGAGAACAUCACAGUGAACAUCUCGCAGGACGCCUUCUUCACCUGCCAGGCGGAAGCCUACCCUCGCAACCUGACCUACACCUGGUUCUGGGAGGAGGACAACGUCUUCUUCAAGAAUGACCUAAAGCGCAGAGUCAGUAUUCUUAUCGAUGGUUCCCUCAUCAUUGCCCAAGUCAAGCCGGAGGAUGCUGGGAAAUACACCUGUGCGCCUAGCAACAGCCUGGGCCGACCACCGACUGCCUCUGCCUACCUAACAGUGCAAUAUCCUGCCCGUGUGGUUAACAUGCCAUCUGUCAUCUACGUGGCCAUUAGUCUGCCGGGCUUCAUCCGCUGUCCUGUAGAUGCCAACCCUCCCGUAACUCUGGUUAAAUGGAAGAAAGAUGGCCUCCCCCUCCGGAUAGAUAAGUACCCUGGUUGGAGCCAAAUGGACGAUGGGAGCAUCCGUGUGGCAGAGGUGACAGAGGACUCUCUCGGCACCUAUACCUGCAUGCCUUACAAUGCCCUGGGUUCCAUGGGAUGGUCCCCUCCCGCUCCCCUGGUGCUAAAGGACCCUCCCAAAUUCUCAGUGGUUCCUGGAGGGGAGUACAGGCAGGAGGCUGGGAGAGAACUGGUCAUCCCCUGUGAGGCAGAGGGAGACCCCUUUCCCAAUAUCACAUGGAGGAAGGUAGGGAAGCCCAGUAAAAGCAAGCACAAUGUUCUGCCCCGAGGCAGCUUACAGUUCAAGUCACUGACAAAGGAGGACCACGGGGAGUGGGAGUGUGUCGCCACCAACGUUGCCACGAGCAUCACUGCCAGCACGCACGUCCAAGUCAUAGGCACAAGCCCCCACGCCCCCACCACCGUCCAUGUAGUGGCAUCCUCCACCUGGGCCAAUGUGUCCUGGGAGGCGGGCUACGACGGAGGCUUCCAGCAGACAUUCUCAGUCUGGUACGGCCAUGUGCUGAAGAGGGAGCGUUUAGGUCCACAUGACUGGCUUUCCAUAUCCGUGCCUGGAGGCCACAGUUGGAUGGUGGUGCCCGGCUUGGAGCCAGAGACAACAUACCAGUUCAGCGUCCUGGCCCAGAACAAGCUUGGCACAGGCCCCUUCAGCGAGGUUGUCACUGUGAACACACUAGUAUUUCCUAUAAGUACCCCUGAACCAUUGGUGCUGCUUACCCCACCACGGUGCCUCACAGCCAAUCGCACGCAGCAGGGAGUCCUGCUCACCUGGAUCCCGCCUGCCAAUCACACAGCACCUAUCCAGCAUUAUGUCAUGGAGUUUCGCCUGGGGGAACGAUGGGAGGUCUUGGACGACGGCAUUCCUGCUGGGGAGACGGAGCUGCUCGCCCGAGACCUCAUCCAGGAGGCAUGGUAUGAGUUUCGUGUCAUGGCCGUCAUGGAUGACAUGAUCAGCGAACCUAGCAACGUAGUGGGAGUGUCCAGCACAGACUUCUUCCCUCCUCCAGAGAUGGUAGAGGAGCGUGGACUGGCGAGACCUGUGGUGGCUGGCAUUGUGGCCACCAUCUGCUUCCUGGCGGCAGCUGUCCUGUUCAGUACGAUGGCUGCCUGCUUCGUCAACAAGCAGCGCCGGCGGAAGCUUAAGAGGAAAAGAGACCCCCCACUUUCCAUAACCCACUGCAGAAAAAGCAUGGAAACUCCGUCAUCUUCAGGAAAGGUGAGCCCAGAGAGCAUUCGUUCAAAGGCAUCCCCGUCAGAAUCAUCUGAAGAUAGUCAUGACCAGCGUGGGAAGAAACCACCCCCAAGUCCAGGGAAGAAGGAGGAAUUGUCUUUAUAUAUGAAGACCAAAAGAGCAAUAACAAGCAAGAAGUACAGUAUCUCCAAGCAUGAAGCCGAAGCAACAACACCCAUUGAACUCAUCAGCCGAGGCCCAGAUGGACGUUUUGUCAUAGAUCCCACUGAUGCAGAAAUGUCCAUCAAGCCGCGGCGGAUUGAGGGCUUUCCCUUUGUGGAAGAAUCAGACCUCUACCCUGAAUUCCGGCAAUCAGACGAAGAGAAUGACGACCCCAGGCCUUUGCCACCAGUUAUGGCCCCCCUUCGGCCUCACCAGAUUUCCCCUAUCUCCAGUCAGGAAUCCUACCUGCAACCUCCAGCCUACAGCCCUCGUUUCCAGAGGCCCUUCGAAGGUAUGACCAUCAUGGAGAGCAGUCGGCUCCAGGCCACAGGGCAGAUCCGAGGCUCUCUCCAUCACAGGGCUUUCUAUGGCUAUUUAGGCCCCCCUGGAGAUCAUGAUCCCCCACCUCCUUUUUACAUGCCUGAUACCAGCCCGCUCAGCUCUGUCAUGUCCUCCCCUCCAUACCUUGCUGAAGGUCCUUUUGGUCACCCCAUGAUUCCUGAAGAAAUGGGGGAGGGUGAUUUCCCACAGUAUGCUGUCUCUGGUUUCCCACUUCCUCUGACACUCACCUCUUCCUCUCGUUCACCAGAGAUUUGGCAGGGACUGGAUUUCACCUUUGCAAGUCUGGAGGGGCCCCAAUUCAUUUUCCCACCACAUCACCCUUUGCAUCUCCGCCACGACUCCCCCUAUCCUCCUCCACCUCAUGUUCUUCCCCUUAGUGCUUUUCAGCCCUCCUCCCUUCCAAUGCCCACGUACCCUGCUGUCCUGCCACUGGAGGCCCCAAAGAGCCACUCAAGCAAGUCUCCCAGCAAGGCCAAGCCUCAUGGCUCCCCAGCCAAGCAUUUAGCUAUGCAAGAGGCACAUUUAGGGCAGCUAAGACACGCAAGCCACGGUAUGGGUGUGCCGGUUUUGCCUUACACCGAUCCAAUGGCCCAUAUUGUCCCUAGCACAUUCAGUAGCCUGGACACACGAUGGUUUGAAACCACCCCUCGCUUUAGUCCCAGACAGGCUCGGAGGAUGGAUUCCGGCAUACAUCAGGUGGUUCUUCAGCCCUCUCGACUCUCACCCCUCACCCAAAGCCCCCUUAGUUCUCAUGAGGGCUCCCCAGAGAUUGUAGUACGUCCCCGGCCGCGUCCCAGCAUUGCCCAACCUCCCAUACCCCCAGAGAUGUCUGAGAUUACCCUCCUCCCUCCUUCCACAGCCAGCUUCUCAAGGAGAUCUUCCCCCUCCUCCUCACCUGCCCAAGGCCAGGGUAGCAGGAGAGCAAGUCCCAGCUACCGUUCCCACAUGGCCUUUGCCACCUCUGCAACCAGCUACCCAGCUUCCCAGUCCCCGUCACCCCCCAUGGAAAGCAGCAACAUAUUUGGGCAGAUGCCAUCUCAGAGGAGGACUGAGGAGGAGAUCCUUCCAUCAGAGCCCUCUCCACCCCAGUUGUCAGCUUCAGGAAAACGUCGAGGUGCGCCGAGUGCCCUUUCGGGGUCUGAGAGGAUUGAUGCACUGAGAUACCAACGUAUUAAAAAGGCCAAGAAGAUGACGAUGAACAACAAUAACUCCAAGACCAGAAAGAAAGCAGGUGUCUCCACCUCUCAGACCCAGCAGGCCUACACCUCUCAGGUACUCCAGCCCGAAGAAGCUCUCUACCUCCGCAAGAAGAAGAAACGGCCCAUCCUCCAUGACCCAUAUACUCGCUUUUCUGCUCUGCUGUACCGCCGCCCACCCCGGGAGGACCAGAAGGCUAUUUUGGCCAGCAUGGACAACAUAGACCUCGACCAUGCCACCCUCCUCUAAAAGCCCUUGAGGACAAGGUCACAAUCAUGCAAUACGCCCCCAUUCCAAAAUAACACUAGCUACAAGAUGAAAAAAAAACACUAUUAAUUAAAGUUGUUUGCAAUUUAUUAUCUAUAAAGGGGAAUAGCACUAAAUUUGAGCAUUCAGAUUUGGUUUAUUCUGUAGCUAUUCCCUUGGUCAGUUCAAUCUGCAUUAGUGAGCAUUCUGCCAGGUUCACAAGCUAAUCUGUAAUGGCAACAAAUAUACUUGGAAGAAUCAGAAAUCAGAUUGAGAACCAAAAAAUAAUUCUUUUCAGAAACCAAAAUAUUUUUUUUCUUAAAAAAAAUUCUGAUUAUGUUGAAAAUGCUGGUCCCAGCUUACUGUCAGUGAAAUAGCAGCAUUGGUGAUUGGAAUGGCAUCACAGAUUGGCGUCUUGGUUCGAUGGUUUCCCCUCUGAAAAAGUUUUGAUUGUUUUCCCAACUAGUGGUUUUGAUGCCCAAAUGCACAAGAAUGAUCUAUGCGUGCUUAAAUCAAGUAGUAUUCCCUUUUUAAAAAAGUAUAAAUAAAAAGUUCAGACUUACUAAUUCAAAUCAAAAUGAUAGCUGCCAUAGUUUUCCAAAAAUUUUACUCCAGUGCAAAAAGAUGAAUACAAAGAGUUAAUACACGAUUCCCGAUUUUCCUGUUUCUUUAAAAUCCCAGCAUUCCUACUCCAGUGUUACCACUUUUAAUUUAAAAGGCUUCUCCAGGCAUGGGCCAUGUUUCUUGUGCUGAGCCAAUCUUCCCCCACAGCCCCCAAAAAAAGCCCAGCGGGUCUCCGUUUACAGCAACUUCCACGGGAUCCUCUCCGCCAGCAACGUCUUUUAUCUGCCGAGAAAACUCACCUCACAAAUAUGGGUGUUCUCACUUCCUACCAAGUAUACCUCAGAGCACAGGACACGAGACCACACAACCACCAGGAUCAGCCAGCAGAACAAACUAGCCUUUUUCAUCUCUUUAGUCAUUAUUGUGUUCCACUUCCUUUUCUUAUAAUGACGUGUUCCAGCUUUCCAUUCCUAUAUGUACUUCUACUUGUCUACUGUUAGACGUACUUUCGUUGAGUUAAUUCAGUUUAUUUAUCUUGCAGAAUGAUGCUGAUUUGCUCAUCUCUUUUGCUCUGUCGUAAAUGAUCAGGACGUGGGCUUGACGUGAGUGUCUGACAAACAGGAACACACCACAGAACUACUUUUCUUGGCUUACAGAAGGAAUUCUAUUAACUUUCACUAUCUGUAAUUUCUUAUUGAACAGAUGUCAUUCAGCAGUUUCACCAGGGGCUUACUGUACAUGUGCAUUUCACACACCUGUAACAAACUAUUAACAUGCACAAUGAAGUGGUGGUAAUUCAAUUACUUUUAGUUAUUCUAUAGAAAGUCAUUUUGUUGCUCCAACGGCUCUGUACAGAAGCCCUGAAAGGCAAGUGAAAACGGCAGCCGAUUUUUUUUUCUCCACAGGAGCAAUUUUUCUUGGUUUUAACUGUUUGGUUUUGACUGUGAAAACUAGUGAAAGAUCUUUUUUCUAAGUUUACAUUUUUUCUUUUUCACAUGUGAAAGCAGAUGCAUUCUUUAUCACUGGUUUUCAAAGGUAAAUAUUUAUUCUUGGAACUUGCACUUCCUUGCAAAAAGUAAACAAAGACAAAUUACCUUGGAAAAAAAAGUAAAGUGUUUUGUUAAAAAAAAAGGAUUGUGACAAAAAAAAAUUAAAAUUCACUUGCCUUUCAGGGCUUCCAUAGCUCUGUCUUUACCUUCUCAUAUCUCGUAACUGCUGUUUGCACUGGAGCAAAAUCUUGUCAAUUCCCUUAGAUUUGUGUCUGUUCCUGUACAUUUCCUCCAGUUCUUCUUUAGGUAGUGUAGAGGCUUCAGAAAGAACUAUAGUAUGCCAAAAACAAUUCAAUUAAAACAACCAACCAUACAUAGCGGAGGAUAAGAUUUUGUGCCAUAGUAUAUGAUAGUAUUUUUUUCAUAUUAGAGGGCAUAAAAAACAAUGGCUAUGUUUGGCCUUAAUGGAGCUUGUGGUUGGUUAGCCUGCUUCACUUGUGUCUAAUUUUUUAUUUCUAUUUUUUAUUUGUGUGUCUGUGCGUGUGUGUAAGAACCCACCUCGUUUUGCCAUUUUCUAUUCACUGCCUUUGUAUUUUGUCUCUUUAUGUGCUUGUCAUUUGAAAUGGAAAUGCUGAGUACAGUCAUUCCUCAAACAAAUAGUAUGUGACAUUGAAGACAACACAAAGUGAGCCAAAAGUUUUCGUUAUAUGCUACACUGGUGUAAGCACUUUUGUUUACAUGUUGCUCAGUUUUACUUUAAAAGAUUCCUGAGAUAAUUCAAAUGGAAAUGUGGAUACUAAGGGGCUAAAAUAAUUUUUUAUUGGACAAGUAAAGGAAGUGCCAUAACAUUAGAAACUAUCACACAUUACACAUGCAUAUUUUAGAUUCAAUAACACAUGGGUGUGUACUGUAACAGUUAAAGCUUUUGUUGCUGGGUUUUUUCUUUCAGUUUUGUUCAAAAGGUGCUCAGUUUACUUCAGACGGUGUGUUCAUUUGUAGAUGUUACAGUAACAUAUCUUGGGCUUCUGAUAAGGCAAGAAAGCAGUGUCCAUGUUCUGCUGAAGUGUGUUUGGAGUAGGAUUGCUCAUAGGUAUGUUCAGUUUUUAUGUAUUUAUUUAUUUGUAUACAUUUUUAUUGUGAUUUUGAGCAGAUUCUGCCACAGCUACAACUCCAACAUAGCCUUCUAAAAUCUCAAAAUUGAAGUGACUAAAUGUGGUUGCUUUCAUAUUUCCACAAUAAAUGCUUGCAGAAGGAACGGUUUCAAAAGGUCCUCUCAUAUUUGAGUCUUAAAGUGCAGGAGGAGUGUAGAAGAGAUGUGAUUUCUUUCAUUAACAAAUUUAAUGAAACAGGGAAUACUAACUGUCAUACAUAAAUAAACAAGCAAAAAUAAUUCAGCUCAUGACCAUAUCUGGCAUACUGGAAAAAAAGUUAAUAAAUGCAUCAUACAGAUGCAUCCGGGUUGCUUUAGCAGCCCUUUUAGUAAAGAAGCUAGUGCCUUUAUCAAUGAUGUAAUUAUUAUGUCUCCUAGGUUGGAGCAUCUGGUGGCUAACAUUUAAGCAUUUAGUGAAUUUAAUGCACUUAUUGUGAAUAUGACUGUAACCUGUAAUUAAAGUGAAACAACAAUCUCUACUUCCAAAGAUAACAAAGUCAGCACGAAUAAUACAAGUGAGUGAAGUGGCUUGAAAAUGCAUAUAGAACACCUACAUCACUGAUCACUAAGUCCCAGACACAACUGCAGCGAUUUAUUAAUGAGUGCUACGACUAAAGAAAAAAGGGAAAAUUGAACUAGCAUGUAACAUUUUCUUUGUAAGACUGCAGCCUAGGGUGCUAAGCAAACCAUGAAGUAAUGCUGUACUAGUGCGUGGUCCUUCCAUAGAAAUAAUUCCACUUCCAUUUUCCCAACGGCGUAAUUUCUGUAAUGUAUUUUAGGGACUAUUUAUAUAAAUAAAGGAGAAAAGGCUGCAUUGUGCCCACGUUUGAAUCAACCUGUGGUUAGAAGGCGCUUGUUGGAGUAGUGGUUGGAUUCAAAAUCACACUGAAAGAGAAACAAGGAGCUCUUCUUCCUUAUUCGCCUUUCUUAUGGCAUACCUACAGCGAUGCACAUAUCGUUGCUUUUGUGCCAUUUAUACAAAGGCAGUUGUUAGAAGAAGAGUGACAUGGUUUCCUUUCAAAAGGACAUUUUGCUUUAUUGAAUGUUACACUGCAGACCUUCUGAUGUUUGUGUUGUUGUGGGUCCUCUUGGCAGAGCCCUGGAGGGAAUUUGUUCUGUUGAAGAAGUCAUUGCAUAUAACACUGUGGACAAAGUAAACACACUAAAGGAACAGCGUCAUCGCCAUCAAUUAACAAUGAAUUGCCCUAUUAGGGCUAUCGUUGCAACAACAAAUUCUUUCAAAACAAUUGCAAUUUUCUACAAUGAUUUUUUGGAAUCAAUAUUGGAUCAGAAUAGGUGUCUAAAAGUCCUGCAACUUCCUUUAAAGAGUUUAAACCAGAAAUUUAAAACAACAACUAAUGGUAUUUACAGUAAAUGCUUCUAAUGUACAUACUGUACCUCAUCAUGUAGUUUUCUUGAGGAAUUAACUGCGAAAUUAUAAUUGAUGCACUUUCUCAACUGAACAAGUUGUAAUUUAAAAGAAGCCAAAACGCAGCCAGAUGUGGAGAAAGACCUCAAAUAUAGAGAAUUCUUUAUUGAAAUUUGUAGAUGUAAUUAGUCUAUAUAUUGUAAAAUGUAAAAUAAGAAAUUGCAUAUUUUAUUAAAAUUGGUCAAUAAUAUGCAUGCAGGUACAAAAAUGAAUAUCAAAUAUAUUUCCAGUUUUUUUUUAUUUCAAUAUGGAAAUAUUUUUUAUGUAGAUGCUGCUGUGACUGUGUUUCUCAAAGCCAGUAUAUAUAUCAGAAUGCUUUGGGGAAACAACAUCCAAAACUAACUGAACUGAACUGAAACAUGCAUUGCUCUAUACACAGUGAAGGGUCAGUGGUUCUGAUUUUGUUUUAAUAUGUUUCGAAUCAAUAUAGAGGCAAUGAAUACCAUCAAAACUUGAGAGAACCCAGAAAAUUCAAGGUCACAAGACAGCCCCUCAAAGCUGCAGUGGUGGGAAAUUGUAGCUUUGUGUGACUGUACAGUUCUUUUAUCGCCAAGGGCUUUAAAGAGACUUAAUGUGAAGUGUGAAGACAGUGUGAGCUAGAUGGGUGAGGCAUCUUAACAAAGCCGAAGGCAAGGUCAGAUCUGCCUCAACAAAGAAGUACUGUAUACCUCUUAAUGUGCCACUGAGAACUGCGUCCAUGUACAUAGUGUACAGUGAAAGAUGUUAUUUGCAUGGUAGAAACAUGUGAAUGCUACUGACAAAAAUGGGGAAUAGCAGAGCAAACAUUCUGUAGCUGUUAUUUGGAAGGAAAGUGUGACAACAGAUGAUCGGUGUAGACCUGAAUUAUGAAGCGAAAGCAUCAGCUAUGUUUACCUGAAAGGUUAAUGUAAGUUUUAAACUGACUAUAAAAUGCUGUUUUUCCAGUGCUGCACUGGAAAAAAAAACAAUCCUAACCAGUUUGAAUCGUCAAAUUAAUCUGCUGUACUCUUAUUCUGGCUGAUAAUGAAACUACCGUAAAACUUCUAAUAAUAGUCGAUGCGCUCAUUGGCUUAAAUCACAGAACUCUUCACUCUCCUUUAUUUGGGCCAGGCGUUUAAUUCCUUUAGCACAAAACUCUGACAUGACAAAUUCAUAACUCUGAUUAAUUUUUAUUAACCCUUUUAUUCUUUUAAUGGGUGGACUUUUACAGACUAAAGGAAUAUAAAUAAUCAAGGAAUGGACACAUAUGGUACAGGUUUUAUGACCGCUUUAAAGGAGUCAGCACGUUUACCAUGCUAGUAAAUCUGAAUGAAUUAUACUUUGGUGCUCAUAGUUUCUGUAAAAUGUACCAAAAGAUUGAAUUGUGGGAAAUCUGACUGAUCUAAUUAUGUGUAGGUGAUCUAAGCAGCUUAGAAGUCACACAAGCAAGCAACCCAGUGGGUUUUAAGAGGUUUUAUACAUCUAAAGAACUUAAAUCCAGACCAGGCCUCUAUUGGAGACCUGCAUUUAUUUGUCAAAACGUUAGCAUUUGGGACUUUAGAAGUUUUACGGUAAAUUUGAAUUGCAAGAUCAUUAAAUUCAACCUUCUGGCAGUUUGUCACAGCAGUUGAGAUGUAAUUAAAGCACAUGCCAUGCAGUCUAAAGAGUUCAGUGCAUCUGAAGCUGUCACAGCACUCAGAACUGUUUCUAGAUGGUCAUUAGGGCAGGUACAGUUGCUCUUUACUACUUCUCUGAUGUCUAUCAGUUGAUAUAUUUUAUAGUAACACGUUAGUUGAACGUUACCUCACAAACUGUAGUCUGGAGUAAAAAGAAAAAAAAGUCAAUUUUGAUGCUCUGUUUGUCAAACUGCAGUCUGACUUGUGUUUCGUACAGUAUAUAGAUGUAACCUUAGACAAUGAUUGACUCUGUGAAAUAGCUCAGAAUGAUAAUGGAUACCACAGUGAGGCUGAUUCUACAUAUAUACUGUAACUCUCUCAUAAGAGGCCCCAGCAGUUGAUGGUGCGGUACAAAUAUAGCUUAGAAUUAGUGUGUGGUGAGGAAAAAAAAAAUAAUUUUUGAUCAUUCAUUAGAAGACAAUUUGUAAAGAAAAUCUCAGUACUGUAUCACUCUCAAGUCUGGGGCUGACGAGUUCGGCUCCGGCUUUACACAUUUUGAGACUUAUCUUUGACAUGUUGAAUAGGCUUUUAUCCCAUAGGCUAAGAGUGGAGAAUCUCUGGUGCUAACACAUGCCGCGCAGGAAAAAGUUUUUUUUUUUUUUAACUUCAUGGAACAUGUUUAGUUGCUCCGGAUGCUCACUGCACCUAAAACUGCCAUGUAAUUUACAUUAAUGCAAAUAUUUGAAAUUUUAGUCCAAAAUGAGCAAUUUCUACACAUAUGCUGUGAUACAGUUUAAUCAUAUCAUUGCGAUUUCUGUAAAUAAACAGACAUAUUGGUAGUUUGACUCAUCCUCACAAUAUUAUCUUAACAUUUUGGCCACAAACUGCAAAUUUAUACAAUGAUACAGUGCAAUGUAAAACAUCAAAAUCACUAUGCCGUUUCAGAUGAAAUAAUAGCUCGCAGGAAAAAUGUUAUUCAACUGUCCUUAUAAUGAGCAGAAGGUUAUGCAUUUGAACCUGUCAGACUUUGAGAGACUCAUUCGGAGGACAUUUUCUUUAAUGUCAACAACAUCCUUUAAAAGAAGAGGGGAUAUUAUAAUAGAUGCUAAAACCAAAACAAGAGCUAAUGGCAGAAAUGUCAUCUCUUACUGGCAGGAAGGACAGGCUGAGACCUUCAUCUGAACUACCCCUGAGACACAGCCCAGCUCAUUUAAAGUCAGUCUUUGCAUGAUGCUGCAGACACUCGCCAUCAGUGCAUCAACACAGCAACAUGGAGGGAGGUGAUGAGAUAUUAUAACGUAUCAGCAGUUGUCCCAACUUGAGUGUACGAAAAGGCAUUACAGGUUUGAGGUUUUCAAACAGAAAGUUUGGUAACGCCGUGUAAAUAAUAUCUCAAAAAAGCAUACCUUGUCAUAUAUAUUUUUUUGUAGAAGAAAAUACAAUGCACAUCAACUAUACUGAAGAUUGAGUGGGAACUGAGUAGUGUAGGGUCUGCUUCAGUGUCACAUUAUAACAUGAUGUAACAGACCAAUGUCUAUAUGUGAGUGACGGAAAAUCUUCUAAAUGCUAGAAAUUAGUUUAAGAAUUUAAUAUCAUAGAGGCAGGAAAUAUAAAGAAAAAAAAGAUAUAUAAAUAUACAUAUAUAUUGUCAUGGAACCAAAAUGGUUAUAUGAGUAUCUAUAUUUGGGGACAGUACUUGUUUUCAAGAAUGUAUAAGUCUAUAUUCUAUUAUUUUUAUAUCCAUUUGUUGCUUUAUACUGUAGCGAUGCAGAAUCGUACACAAAGUAGAGAAAUAUGAGCUUGUCUGAGCUUUUCAGUUGUGUACAAAACAAAAGAGAAUGGUGCACCAAAAUGGCUGCCACUGUACUGUAUAUCUCACUGUCUAUUACACACAGACUCUCAGAGAAGGAUACAGCAAACUAGUUAUUAUAGCAACGUCCAUUUGGUGUGAAUAGCAAAUGUAAUUGUUGAAUUAUUUGUGGGCCAUCAUCGUAUCAUUUGUUCUUCUGGGGUCAGUGAUUUAGCUCCUCGCUAGUUUGUUGUUUUUGGCUUCUGCAAUCACACAUUCAUCUUUUUUUAUAUAUAUUCUUUGGCAUGAAGGAACAGUGAGAUUCUUUUUUUCCUCACUAUGGUGCUCUCUUGCAAUCUGUAUCACGGCAGAGCACAUAAAUAUUAAUGUAUCUGAUUCACAAAGGUAGAAAUGUUUCACAGCGUGUAUUUACCGUAUGUAUGUAACGGACACAGUGCUUCAUGAUGCUGCUUUGAACUGACAUAAGGGGAUCCAAACAUUUGCUUUCCGUUUGUUUUUCAGUUAUAAACAGAAGCAUGUGCAAGAUGAACAUUCUGUUGCCUUUCGUUCAAAAGUGGAGGUUGAGCAUUGCAGCAGCAGCUAAAAGUUACUCCAGACAUUGGUGACAUUCGAUUCAGUGCUGUACAUUGCCAAAAAAAACAACAACACACACACACGUCAUACACAUUCUGACAACUGGUGCUAUUUGAAAACAUCCGUGGUGCUUUUUUUUAAGUUAGUUAUUUCCUUGCUUCAGACAAAAUGUAGCUACAUAAUCCUGUACUGUACUGUAGGGUGCCGAUUGGCCGGAAAGCCGUCAUGUGACCCGCUUCGGUCGUGUGUUCGGAUGGUUUUCUUUGGCUUCAGGGAAUACAGAGGUCAGAUAACAUUUGGAGAGGCAAAUUUCAAAGCAAGGAAAUUUUAAUUUGAAUACACACGUCAUAUAAUGAUUUUCUUGGGAUUGAGUUUACAGUUUUCUUGUUAAUUUUGGUCACAGUGCUUCAAAGUCUAACGUAUUGGUGGUUGCAAAUAGUAUCCACACAUUGUGUUUGGUGCUGAGUGAACAGAUAUGCUCACCAUAACUUUUGAUACGGUAUUCAUCUUAAGACAGUCACAUCCCUCUAUGGUCUUUCUAUCAGGUCGAGUAAAACAUACUAACCCCCACUGCAGGAACCCUUUUAUUGUACAGUAUGAGCAACAUCAACAUGUCAAUGGCACCGGUUCCAAACUACUCCAAACCCCACUACUAGAUGGAGGCUGUUGCUUUAAAGGGACCUGCAGUGUUACUAUGUUUGAAGACCUUUGAAGGAGAAAGCAUUGAAAUAUUGUGUUAUAAAGAUGCUGUUUAGUUCAAAAGAUUAUGCGAACACUCAACUCAACUUUUUGGAGAAUGAAAACUUUAUGUUAAUGUAAGUCACAUGAAGCUCUCUUUUUUUUCAUCACAAAAUGCAAUACAAGUGGAAGAAGAACAAACUGAACUCAUUGUCUCCUCUUAAUUGUUCAGUCUUCCUGAGAUGUGUACAACCGGUUUGAGUUACAGACUAUUUCCAACGUGUUUGUGUCAUCAUGACCUUCUGGAAAACAACUGUGUGAGUGUGAUCACUGUUAGUUACAGGCGUAGACAACUCAGUACCUCAAAAUGUCUCUUCAUGGAAAUCUUCAGUCCAGAUACUCCGUUUUUAUUAUGUUCACCAUCUCUGAGAAGUCAGUACUCAUGAUGCUUUUUAUAUUUGUUGGCACAAACACUAACAAGAAUGUAUGGCUAUUGUAAUUCCUGCUCACCCCCAACUCUUCCUAAAAAUUGAAGCUUUUGAAGCAACUAAAUUGAACUGUCAGUUUUUUGUAUUUCAGAUGUCUUGGUAUGCUUGUUGUAGUUGUAUAUUCAUAAUGGUGUAUAUUACAUCAGUUUUUAUUUAUUAAAAUGUUUAAAUUUUCUAA